CUUUCUCUCUCUCUUAGCUGAUGCUAUCUGCCAAAGUUAUAAAAGAAACCUACAGAAAUUCCUGCAAAAGCUUCUCCAAACUUUCUCUUCACAUACCCAACACACCAAACAAAGCUCUAUUAAAACCAACCAAGCCAAAAGCAACCAAACUACUACAAAUCUCUUCUCCGCUCUCUCUCUCUCCAUGGACUUGCAUCUGAAGCAAUGGAGAAACCAGCAUGAGUCAGAGCAACAACCUUCUGCAAAGAUACCAAAACUUCUCCUUGAUCCCCAUCAUCAACAUCAACAACAACAACAGCAACACCCAUCUGAGUCUUCUGCUCUCCCUUUGUUUGUACCUGAACCCAACAGCAAAAUCAGCAGCAACCUGUCAGCAGUUCCAGAUUCAACCACCAGAUUUCCCAGGAUGGGAAGUUAUUUCAGCUUGGCCCAGUGGCAGGAACUUGAGUUGCAAGCUUUGAUCUACAGAUACAUGUUAGCUGGCGCUACUGUUCCUCCUGAACUCCUCCAACCUAUCAAGAAAAGUCUUCUUCACUCUCCUGCAUAUUUCCUCCACCACCCUCUUCAACACUACUCCCAUUACCAGCCAGCUUUGUUGCAAUCAGGGUACUGGGGAAGAGCAGCAAUGGAUCCAGAGCCAGGCCGGUGCCGGAGAACUGACGGUAAGAAGUGGAGGUGCUCGAGGGACGUGGUGGCCGGCCAGAAGUAUUGCGAGCGCCACAUGCACCGUGGCCGCAACCGUUCAAGAAAGCCUGUGGAAAUGCCCACAUCUAGCACCACCGCCAACAAUAAUGCCACCGCUGCUUUUGGCGGUGCUUCUGGUGCCGGUGUUGGUGCUAUUGGAUGUGGUGCCCUUAAAGUCACUUCCCCAAUUCCCGCUUCACCCUUAGCAGUGGUGGCUAAUGGAACUAACAAUUUUGGCCUCUCAGGGCCUUCCCCACCCAUUGAUCUUCUUCACCUUAAUCAUAGUUCCUCCAAGUCUAAAAAUGAACAUAAGGGCCUUUUUGAAGCCCAAAAUGAAGUUAAUAACCGAUCUGAUGGUCACAUUUUGAGACCUUUUUUUGAUGAUUGGCCAAGAUCCCAACAAGACCCUGACAAUACUGGAACAAGUGCAAGCCCGAUGAGUUCUGCAACAUGCCUCUCCAUAUCCAUGCCCGGAAAUUCGUCAUCAGAUGUGUCGUUGAAGCUGUCUACAGGCAAUGUAGACCAACUGGGUCCCCGGGACAGCGAAAGGAAUUGGGCCGCCGGAUGGGCCACGAACCAGGUGGCUUCGAUGGGAGGACCCCUUGCUGAGGCCUUAAGAUCAUCGACAUCUAAUUCAUCACCUACAAGUGUUCUGCAUCAGUUGCCCAGGGGUUCUGCAUCUGAAACUAGCUAUGUUAACACUUGAAUUUAGUAGCUAAAUGUUGGUGUUAUGUUUCUUUUGAUUUCAACUGUUUUAGGCACUCCAAACACCUUUCCGUGUAAAUUGCUUGUACCUUGUUUUUGUCAUUGUUGAACCAAAUUUUCCGCAUAUGAUGUAGUUGUUAAUUAUAAUGUCAGCUGACAGGAGUUACUGUCUGCUAUGGUGAGGUUUCCUUGAUGACAAAGUUUGCGAUAAAACUUUUGAGUAUGUGUUUAUACUCAA